GAAAUCCUGAUCCAAUGAUCUAGGUGUCAAGACAAGUUAAUGCAUGCAGGAACAAGACAUACACAACCUAUUUCACCUGUAGAGGCAGCAAAACUCUAUUCCAUGAUACAAUCCUAUGAGAGAGAUUUUAGAACAAGAGGAGUCAGCCAACAUGAACAAUAUUUCUCUGAUUUAAGUGAAGAAACUGGCAGUUCAGGGAACCAAUUUUCAGUGUGCUUGGAGGAGGAACCCUUGAGGCAGAAUUGGAGUCCACAUGCCAGAUUUAUGGACAAGCACCAGAUGACUCUGAAAGAACUAUCACUACAACUUGAAAGCAGAUCACAGGAAAAUUGCUUACCACAAAAUCUGAGUGAACAUGAUAUGAGACGUUUGACAGAAGAAGCCCUUAUGCAAAAGGCUACAGUACAGGAAAAACUCCUUGAAGCAGAGAUGGCAGUCAGCUCAGCAGAAAUGUUUUUGCCAACUUUUAAAGAGACUGUUUUGAGAAUUACAAAUGCAUGUAAUUUUUCUACAUCAGAUGUGAUAAAGAUUUCUAAACAAGAGGAUUUAUUGCUUAAAGAACUAGAAGCACUCAGAUACACAAAGGAAUUGUUACUGCACCUACUACAAACAACAGACUAUAAAGAAGUAAGCAGUGAACAUAUUGAUAUUUUGAUGCAGAAGUUAGUUGAAACUGAAACUGAAAUUGAUGCUCUCAAAAAAGCAGUGCUUGAAAGACAGAGGCAUAUUCAGGAACUUGCUUCUCAGCUUCAACUGGAAAAAGCAAAUGCACUGAAAGCAGACCACCUGGCCAAGUCAGUUGAAGCAGUACAAGGCCAUCUGCAAUAUCAGAUUAAAAGAAAAGAGAUGGAAAAUGAUCAGUUGCAAACAAAAAUACAGAGCCUUGACAAGAAAAUAACUGAGUGGAAGUUUCAAAUUGGAGAACACAAACACCAGAUCUUAGCUUUAAAGGAGACAAGUGAGCAGAAGAAGAACGCCCUGAAAAAAGCAACCAGAGUCCAGAAACAAAGAGCUGAACGUUUUGAAGCAGCUGUUGAAAAUUUAACUUCCAAAAUUAAAGAGCAAGAAGUCGAAUUGUCUGAGAUACUCUCAGCAUCCAGGGUCUGGAAAAAUCAUCAUGAGAAGGCUGUAGAAGAAAAGACUGUAUUAGAGAUUAAAACUGAAACCUUGAAGAAGGAGAUCACAAAUCUUUUGGAGGAGCUGGAAAACAUAAAGGAUCGCGGAAGAAUUUCAAACAAAGAAAUUCUUGGAAAGCUUAAUUCUGUCAACUCUGAAACUGAAAAUAUUCAUCUUGAAAAUGCAAGAUUAAAGGCUUCCCUUGCCGUUCUGGAAAACAGCACUGUUUCUGCUAAGGCUGAGCUAUUAGAUUUGCAAGAAAAAGCAAAGCAGCAGGAGAACCUGGUUGAGCAGUAUGGAACUCAGGUGCAGAAACUACAAAUGGAAGCAGAAGACCUGAAAACUAGAUACAAAACAGCUUUAAAUGAAAACAAAAUAACAGAAGCAAAAUAUUUACAAAUAGAUAAGAUGGAAAACAGUAACAGUUCCUUGAGAGUUCAUUCUUUGCAAGAGGAAAACUUGAAUAUUGAGAAGAAAUAUGAAGAUCUUAAAAGACAAUUAGAAAAGAUGGAAUUACAGAAUGAAGUGCUUGCACAUCAGCUAGCAAACCAAGAAAAGAGUCUUCAGCAUAAUGAAUUGCAGCUUAAAGAGAAAUUUACAGAAUAUGGUGCUUUAACAAGACAGCUGGAGGCUGCUUUGGAAGAAGGGAGAAAAAUGGUGUCUGAAGAAAUGGAAAAAAUGUCAUCCAAGGAACAAACUCUUCAGACAAAAAUACUGGAUCUUGAAACUGAAUUGAGAGAGAGGCAGGAGGAGCAUAAGCAACUUGUCUGCAAAGUAAACCAUAGUCAGAAACAUCAUGAAGUGUGCUUGAAAGAGCUAGGGCACAGACUCCAGAAAUCAGAAAACCAGAACCAGAGUAUCCAGAAUUACAUCAAGUUUUUGAAAUCCUCAUACAUAACAAUGUUUGGUUAAAUUAUUUCAGUUAGAUAGGGCCAAAUCUUGCAUGGUGCUGAGAGCCCUUGUCUUCAAUUAGAGCUAAUGGAAAUUGAAGCCACUUGGCACUUUACAGGAUUGAAUACUGACAUUAAGUGCACAUCUUCAUUGGAUUGGACAGGGCUGGAGUACAUGUUCUACCAACUCUCUGCUGCUACGCACAUACCUCCUAUCAAAAAAAUAUCUUGUAACUGUUGUUAGAGUAAUACUGGAUCCACUAAGGCUAUGCCAAAAAGUGGUCACAUUAAUUUUUGGGGAUAUAGCACACACAGACUCAGAGUUAGUGGGCAUGGCACAUUUUCACAAUGGUAGGUUUCCUAGCUUUGUCCUGCACAGUGUAGUGUAGUAUAGACAUGGCCUACAGCUUUUCUCAGGGAAUUUCCAUUCCAGGUUAUACAGUGUCAGACCUUACACUCAAGCAUUAUACUAGAUGAUCAUGCACCAAACCAUGGCAUUACUAAUAUGAAGAGAGAGUUAAUAUACCUUAAAAAUUGUGAAAAGGAAAACUGAAAGGUCAAUGAAAGAUGCAUGCUCCUGUUCACUGUACUUCCAUUGCUGUAGCCAUCUUACUGGAUUCAUUUUGUACUCUGACUACCCUGACAGUAAUAGAAAUCCUAGUCAUAGCAUUUUCCAGAAGUAAAAAAAUAAAUGAAACAAAUUUAAGAUAUCUAUAGUAUGGAAGCUCUAAAUAUUCUGUUUUCUUCCUUACAGUGGCCUGAGUUUGUGCCUUAAUUUAAAUAUAUGAAUAUUAUAAUUCAUGUCAGUAGAAUUAUUCAGAUGUUUCAGAGUAGCUCCAUCCUUAAAUACCUACCUGAACUGGGGCCAAUUUAGAAAAGGUUCUGAUAUGGAAGCUGUUUUCUGUAGCAAUUACAUAAAGCGCUAUUACAGAAUUGUGACAGUUUUUGAAAAAUAAUAGAUUCAGAUAUAAUUAAACAUCUCAAUAUAUGAUUCAAAGUGCACAUUAAAUCCUGUGUGUCUUUUUUAGAUAGAAAUAUAACUGAAAUUAGUUUUGUUUUUUGGGGAAAAUUUUUAAUAAUCUUUUUUUACUUAUUUCAAAAUACUAACUAAUAUUUUAUGGUCUGUCCCUGUGGUAU